GCGACCCGGUGAGCACGCUUACAGUCUCGUUGGUCCCACCGCUGCAAUGGCCGCCACCGCCCUCUUCCUGCUGCUGCUGACCGCCUCGCACCUCGCCCUCUGCGCCGCCGUUGCCACCGACGACUACAACCCGGACGUCGACUUGUCCACCCCGGGCAUCAUCCGCCGCCACGGCUACCCGGCCGAGGCGCACACCGUGCUGACGGGCGACGGCUACCUGCUGACCAUGCACCGCAUCCCGCGGCCGCAGCCGCAGGCCGCCUGCCGCAUCCUGCCCGUGGUGCUGCAGCACGGCCUGCUCGGCAGCUCCACGGACUGGGUCUUUCUCGGGCCCCGCAACGGUCUAGCUUACCGGCUGUAUGAGGCGGGAUACGACGUCUGGAUUGGGAACUCCCGAGGCAACACUUACUCUCGCGCCCACUCCAACAUGUCCAUCCACGACUCUCGCUUCUGGGACUUCAGCUGGCACGAGAUGGGCGUGUACGACGUGCCGGCGGUGAUCGGGCACGUGCUGCGCGAGACGGGCUGCCCGCAGCUGUUCUACGUGGGCCACUCCAUGGGCACCACCAUGUUCUACGUGAUGGGCUCGGAGCGGCCCGACAUGAACGACAAGGUGCGCGCCAUGUUCAGUCUGGCGCCCGUCGCCUACAUGAGCCGCGUCAAGAGCCCCAUCCGCUACUUCGCGCCGGCCGCCAGCGACCUCACGUUCUUUAUGCAUCUCUUCGGGCAUGACGAGUUUCUACCGCAAAGCAAGGCCCUUCGAUUCCUCGCAAAGGUCGCCUGUGAGCUGACGACCAUCGAAGAACAUGUGUGUGAAAAUGCCAUGUUCACUCUGGUCGGAUUCGACGAAAAACAAUUCAACAUGACCAUGCUACCUGUGCUGCUGAGCCACAGCCCAUCAGGUUCCUCCACAAAGACUCUAGCUCACUAUGCACAGGAGAUCAAUUCAGGCAAGUUUCGGAAGUACGAUUAUGGAAAAACAGGUAAUAUGGAACGUUAUGGAACUCCUGAGCCACCAGCUUACAACAUUUCCAACAUCCGUGCACCCAUUUCACUUCACUUUGCUAGCAAUGAUUGGCUUGCCAACAUACAGGACGUUGAAGAAUUCUCACUGAAGCUGCCCAAUGUGGUAUUCAGCGAGCUGGUGCCGCUGCUGUCUUUCAACCACCUGGACUUUCUGCUGGCCAAGGACGUUCCGUACCUCGUCUACGACAGGGUUGAGCAGCUGAUGGACAAGCUGCAGCAGGACGAGUGGGAUCUGGACGACAUCUAAUUGUCGAGCAGCCUGCACCUUUCUGGGGACGUGCUGCCGCCUGUUAUCUGCGCGCAGUGACUGCGGAAUACAGCAGGCGCCUGUAGACGCCUCGGCUGAUCUUCCGCUGAAGUCAAGACAAGCGGCAGCCAGGAACACUGCACUCCCAAAAUUCUGUAUGAGAUGGAGCAAACGACUGCUUCGAAUCAUGUAUUUAUCACACCACAAAUUGAUACGUAAAAAAAGUACUUACCGUAA